GCCGUCCGGCCCAGCGCGGCCCUACGAGAGCCGCCCGGAGUUCCGCCCGGGGCGGGCUGACACCUCAGCGCGCGCGGGCUCCGGCCGUCGGUACCAGAGGGCGCGGCCGGCCCGGGUCCCGGCCGGCGGAGGACGAGGCCGGCGGGAGGUCCUAGCCGCGGCGCGCCCCACGUGUGGAGACCCGCCCUGAGUGCCAUGGCGCGUGGUUCCUCCGGCCCCCGCACCUCCCCUUAGCCACGGCGGCGCGACCCCGGGCGGUCCCCGGGCCUCGGGGCAUGGAGCCGCACGUGCUGGGCGCCGGGCUCUACUGGCUGUUGCUGCCCUGCACGCUCCUGGCGGCCUCCCUGCUCCGCUUCAACGCUCUCUCACUGGUCUAUUUGCUGUUUCUGCUGCUGCUGCCCUGGCUUCCAGGCCCCUCAAGACACAGCAUACCAGGUCACACAGGCCGCCUACUUCGUGCACUACUCUGCCUCAGCCUUCUCUUCCUGGUGGCCCACCUCGCCUUCCAGAUAUGCCUCUACACAAUGCCUCACCUGAAACAGCUUCUGGAACAAAACUGCAGCCUUUGGGAGGUGUCUCGACACAUAGGGGUUACAAGGCUGGGCCUGAACGACCUCAAGGACAUCCUUAACACCACCAGGCUGGUGGCGCCUGACCUGGGAGUCCUAGUGGUGUCCUCUCUUUGCCUUGGCCUCUGUUCGCGCUUCACCAGGCAGGCUCGGCAGAGCCAGCGCACCCAGGAGCCGCAGGAUGAUGACGACAUGGAUGCUGCCCCAGCGGUGGCGCUCCAGGGAGCCCCUGCCCUGGCAACCAAACGCAGGCCGUGGCUGAGCUCCCGUUUCCGGGUCACAGCCCACUGGCUGCUGAUGGCCUUUGGAAGGAUGCUGACCAUUGUGCUGCUGGCGCUGGCAGGUAUAGCCCACCCUUCGGCCUUCUCCAGUGUCUACCUGCUGGUCUUCCUGGCCAUCUGCACGUGGUGGGCCUGCCACUUUCCUCUCAGUUCCUUGGGCUUCAACACACUCUGCGUCAUGGUGAGCUGCUUUGGCGCCGGGCAUCUCCUUUGCCUCUACUGCUACCAGACAGCUUUUGUCCAGGGUGUGCUGCCUCCUGGCAGUAUCUGGGCCAGGGUGUUUGGUCUCAAGAACUUCAUAGACCUCCCCAACUGCACCAGCCCCAAUGUGCUGGUGCUCAACACUAACCACUCCUGGCCCAUCUACGUGAGCCCUGGCAUCCUGCUGCUGCUCUACUACACGGCCACCUCUCUCCUGAAGCUCCGAAAGAGCCGUCCCUCAGACCUGAGGAAGGAGGCACCUAGGGAGGAUGAGGAACAUGAACUGGAAUUGGACCAGCUGGAGCUAGAGUCCCAGGCUAGGGAUGCCAGCCAGUGUGUGAUACCCACGUCCACAGGACCUGACAUUGACAACUGCACUGUGCACGUCCUAACCAGCCAGAGUCCUGUCCGCCAGCGUCCCGCACGCUCCAGGCUGGCUGAGCUGAAAGAGAUGUCACCACUACAUGGCCUGGGCCGCCUCAUCAUGGACCAGAGCUAUGUGUGUGCCCUGAUUGCCAUGAUGGUGUGGAGCAUCACGUACCACAGCUGGUUGACCUUCGUGCUGCUGCUCUGGGCCUGCCUCAUCUGGACCGUGCGUAGCCGCCACCAGCUGGCCAUGCUCUGCUCACCCUGCAUCCUGCUGUAUGGGCUGACACUCUGCUGCCUGCGCUACGUGUGGGCCAUGGAACUCCCCGAGCUGCCCACCACCCUGGGCCCUGUCAGCCUGCACCAGCUGGGCUUGGAGCACACACGAUACCCCUGCUUGGACCUUGGUGCCAUGCUGCUCUACCUGCUCACAUUCUGGCUCCUGUUGCGCCAGUUUGUGAAGGAGAAGCUGCUAAAGAAGGCAAGGGUGCCUGUUGGACUGCUGGAGGUCACAGUGGCAGAGACAGAGCCCACACAGACUCAGACGCUGCUGCGGAGCCUGGGGGAGCUGGUCACAGGCAUCUAUGCCAAGUACUGGAUCUACGUGUGCGCCGGCAUGUUCAUCGUGGUCAGCUUCGCUGGCCGCCUGGUGGUCUACAAAAUCGUCUACAUGUUCCUUUUCCUGUUGUGCCUCACCUUGUUCCAGGUCUACUACAGCCUGUGGAGGAAGCUGCUCCGUGUCUUCUGGUGGCUGGUGGUAGCCUAUACCAUGCUGGUGCUCAUCGCGGUGUAUACCUUCCAGUUCCAGGACUUCCCCACCUACUGGCGCAACCUCACCGGCUUCACGGAUGAGCAGUUGGGGGACCUGGGCCUGGAGCAGUUCAGCGUGUCGGAGCUCUUUUCCAGCAUCCUCAUCCCUGGCUUCUUCCUGCUGGCCUGCAUCCUGCAGCUCCACUACUUCCACCGGCCCUUUAUGCAACUCACUGACCUGGAGCACGUGCCCCCGCCGGGCACCCGUCGCCCUCGAUGGGCUCACAGGCAGGACACCGUGAGCCAGGCUCCUCUGCUUCAGCCGCAGGAGGAGGAAGAGGACGUCUUCAGGGAUGAUGGGCCGGCCGUGGACGGGCCUCACCAGGCCACACAGGUCCCCGAGGGUGAAGCCAGCAAAUGGGGCCUGGUGGCUGACCGGCUGCUGGACCUAGCGGCCAGCUUCUCCGAUGUCCUCACCCGCAUCCAGGUGUUUGUGCGGCGCUUGCUGGAGCUGCACAUCUUCAAGCUGGUAGCCUUCUACACUGUCUGGGUGGCCCUGAAAGAAGUGUCUGUGAUGAACCUGCUGCUGGUGGUGCUGUGGGCCUUUGCCCUGCCCUACCCGCGCUUCCGGCCCAUGGCCUCCUGCCUCUCCACGGUGUGGACCUGCAUCAUCAUUGUGUGCAAGAUGCUCUAUCAGCUCAAGAUCGUCAACCCACACGAGUACUCCAGCAACUGCACCGAGCCCUUCCCCAACAGUACCAACCUGCAGCCCAUGGAGAUCAACCAGUCUUUGCUGUACCGUGGCCCUAUUGACCCUGCCAAUUGGUUCGGGGUGCGGAAGGGCUUCCCCAACCUGGGCUAUAUCCAGAACCACCUGCAGAUCCUUCUGCUGCUGGUAUUUGAGGCCGUGGUGUACCGGCGCCAAGAGCACUACCGCCGGCAGCACCAGCGGGCCCCUCUGCCUGCCCAGGCUGUAUGCGCAGACGGCACCCGCCAGAGGCUGGACCAGGACCUACUCAGCUGCCUCAAAUACUUCAUCAACUUUUUCUUCUACAAAUUCGGGCUGGAGAUCUGCUUCCUGAUGGCUGUGAAUGUGAUCGGGCAACGCAUGAACUUCAUGGUGAUCGUACAUGGCUGCUGGCUGGUGGCCAUCCUUACACGCAGGCGCCGUGAGGCCAUCGCCCACCUCUGGCCUAAUUACUGUCUGUUCCUCACACUGUUCCUGCUGUACCAGUACCUGCUGUGCCUGGGCAUGCCACCUGCACUGUGCAUUGACUACCCAUGGCGCUGGAGCCGGGCCAUCCCCAUGAAUUCCGCUCUCAUCAAGUGGCUGUACCUGCCUGACUUCUUCAGAGCUCCCAAUUCCACCAACCUGAUCAGUGACUUCCUCCUGCUGCUCUGCGCCUCCCAGCAGUGGCAGGUGUUCUCGGCCGAGCGGACAGAGGAGUGGCAGCGCAUGGCAGGCAUCAACACCGACCACCUGGAGCCCCUGCGUGGGGAGCCCAACCCUGUACCCAACUUCAUCCACUGCAGGUCCUAUCUGGAUAUGCUGAAGGUGGCCAUCUUCCGCUACCUGUUCUGGCUGGUGCUUGUGGUGGUGUUUAUCACAGGGGCCACCCGCAUCAGCAUUUUUGGCCUGGGGUACCUGCUGGCCUGCUUCUACUUGCUGCUCUUCGGCACUACCCUGCUCCAGAAGGAGACACGAGCCCAACUCGUGCUGUGGGACUGCCUCAUCCUCUAUAAUGUCACAGUCAUCAUCUCCAAGAAUAUGCUGUCGCUCCUGUCCUGUGUCUUCGUGGAGCAAAUGCAGAGCAACUUCUGCUGGGUCAUCCAGCUCUUCAGCCUCGUGUGCACAGUAAAAGGCUACUACAAUCCCAAAGAGAUGAUGAGCAGAGACUGGGACUGCCGGCUGCCGGUGGAGGAGGCUGGUAUCAUCUGGGACAGCGUCUGCUUCUUCUUCCUGCUGCUGCAACGGCGCGUCUUUCUCAGCCACUACUUCCUGCAUGUCAGUGCUGAGCUGAAGGCCACUGCCCUGCAGGCCUCCAGGGGUUUUGCCCUCUACAACGCGGCCAACCUUAAGAGCAUCAACUUCCACCGCCAGAUUGAAGAGAAGUCCCUGGCCCAGCUGAAAAGACAGAUGAAACGCAUCCGUGCCAAACAGGAGAAAUACAGGCAGAGCCAGGCAAGCCGUGGCCAACUCCGGUCCACAGACUCCCAGGAUCCCAGCCAGGAGCCAGGGCCUGACAGCCCAGGGGGCUCCUCCCCGCCACGGAGACAGUGGUGGCGCCCCUGGCUGGACCAUGCCACAGUCAUCCACUCUGGGGACUACUUCCUGUUUGAGUCGGAUAGCGAGGAGGAAGAGGAGGCCCUACCUGAGGACCCCAGACCUGCAGCACAGAAUGCCUUCCAGAUGGCAUACCAGGCAUGGGUAACCAAUGCGCAGACAGUGCUGAGGCAGCGUCGGGAACAGGCACGGCAGGAGCAGGCAGGACAACUGUCUUCUGGAGGUGAUGACUUGGGCCAGGAGGUGGAGCCAGCAGAGGCCCCAGAGGAUGAGAUGCCAGCAGGCCGCAGCCAUAUGAUGCAGCGUGUCCUGAACACCAUGCAGUUCCUGUGGGUGCUGGGCCAGGCCUCCGUAGACGGGCUAACACGCUGGCUGUGCACAUUCACAAAGCACCACCACACCAUGAGCGACGUGCUCCGUGCAGAGCGCUACCUGCUCACCCAGGAACUUCUGCGGGGUGGAGAGGUACACCGAGGGGUGCUAGACCAGCUUUACAUGAGCGAAGCCGAGACCACGCUGCCAGCAGGUCCCACGGAGACCCGUGAUGGACCCAGCACAGCCUCAAGUGGGCUGGGAGCCGAAGAGCCUUUGAGUAGCAUGACAGACGAUACCAGCAGCCCCCUGAGCACAGGCUAUAACACCCGCAGUGGCAGCGAGGAGAUCAUCACUGACACUGGGGACCUCCAGGCUGAGACCUCCCUGGAAGGCUCCCAGGAGCUUCUGGCCAAUGCUCGCACACGGAUGCGCACAGCCAGUGAGCUGCUCCUGGACAGGCGCCUGCGCAUCCGCGAGCUGGAGGAGGCUGAGGAGUUUGCGGCAAGGCAGGGCCGGACUCUGCGGCUGCUGAGAGCCGUGUACCAGUGUGUGGCGGCACACUCAGAGCUGCUUUGCUACUUCAUCAUCAUCCUCAACCACAUGGUGACAGCCUCGGCUGCCUCCCUGGUGCUGCCCAUGCUCAUUUUCCUGUGGGCCAUGCUGACCAUCCCGAGGCCCAGCAAGCGUUUCUGGAUGACAGCCAUUGUCUUCACUGAGGUCAUGGUGGUCACCAAGUACCUGUUCCAGUUCGGCUUCUUCCCCUGGAAUAGUUACGCGGUGCUGAGGCGCUACGAGAACAAGCCCUACUUCCCUCCCCGUAUCCUGGGUCUUGAGAAAACUGACAGUUACAUCAAGUAUGACCUGGUGCAGCUCCUGGCCCUCUUCUUCCACCGCUCCCAGCUACUGUGCUAUGGCCUCUGGGACCAUGAGGAGGACAGUUUCUCCAAGGACCACUGCAGGAGUAGUGAGAAGGACCAGGAGGCUGAGGAAGAGUCAGAAGCUAGGCUGGAAUCGCAGCCCGAGGCAGGCACUGGGCAUCCCGAGGAGCUGGUGUUGGCUGCUACCCCCAGGGACCACAUCCAAGGGAAAGGAGAUGUUAUAUCUAAGGAUGGGAUCCAAGAGCCCCUAGAGGACCCUAAGCCCCAGCACAAGAGGCACAUCAGCAUACGCUUCAGGAGGAAGAAGAAGACUCCAGGACCCAAAGGAGCAGUAGCUAUGGAGGCUGAGGAAGAGGAGGAGGAAGAAAAAGAAGCUGCAGGGAGAAAGAGCCCACAUCACGCUCGAGGAAGAUUGAAGGUUCAGGAAAGAAUGAAGGCAGCCGGGCGCCGGCUGCAGAGCUUCUGCCUGUCACUAGCUCAGGGCAUCUAUCAACCCCUGCGGCGUUUCUUCCAUGACAUCCUGCACACCAAGUACCGAGCAGCUACAGAUGUCUACGCCCUCAUGUUCCUGGCUGACAUCGUCGAUUUCAUCAUCAUCAUCUUUGGUUUCUGGGCCUUUGGGAAGCACUCGGCAGCCACGGACAUCGCAUCCUCGCUGUCGGAUGACCAGGUGCCGGAGGCCUUCCUCUUCAUGCUGCUGGUCCAGUUCAGCACCAUGGUCAUUGACCGUGCCCUCUACCUGCGCAAGACUGUACUGGGCAAGCUGGCCUUUCAGGUGGUCCUGGUGGUGGCUAUUCACCUCUGGAUGUUCUUUAUCUUGCCAGCCGUCACUGAGAGAAUGUUCAGCCAGAAUGCAGUGGCCCAGCUGUGGUACUUCGUGAAGUGCAUUUACUUUGCCCUGUCUGCCUACCAGAUCCGCUGCGGCUACCCCACCCGUAUCCUGGGCAACUUCCUCACCAAGAAGUACAAUCAUGUAAACCUCUUCCUUUUCCAGGGGUUCCGUCUAGUGCCUUUCCUGGUGGAGCUGCGGGCCGUCAUGGACUGGGUGUGGACUGAUACCACACUGUCCCUGUCCAACUGGAUGUGUGUAGAAGACAUCUAUGCCAACAUCUUCAUCAUCAAAUGCAGCCGAGAAACAGAGAAGAAAUACCCACAACCCAAAGGACAGAAGAAGAAGAAAAUCGUCAAGUACGGUAUGGGUGGCCUCAUCAUCCUCUUCCUCAUUGCUAUCAUCUGGUUCCCACUGCUCUUCAUGUCACUGAUACGCUCUGUGGUGGGUGUCGUCAACCAGCCCAUUGAUGUCACUGUUACCCUCAAGCUGGGCGGCUAUGAGCCGCUGUUCACCAUGAGCGCCCAGCAGCCUUCUAUAGUGCCUUUCACGCAGCAGGCCUAUGAGGAGCUCUCCCAGCAGUUUGACCCCAACCCACUGGCCAUGCAGUUCAUUAGCCAGUACAGUCCCGAGGACAUCGUCACUGCACAGAUCGAGGGCAGCUCCGGGGCACUGUGGCGCAUCAGCCCCCCAAGCCGGGCCCAGAUGAAGCAGGAGCUGUACAAUGGCACAGCGGACAUCACGCUGCGCUUCACCUGGAAUUUCCAAAGGGACCUGGCCAAGGGUGGCAAAGUGGAGUAUACCAAUGAGAAGCACACCUUGGAGCUGGCCCCCAACAGUACAGAACGGAGGCAGCUGGCCCAACUGCUGGAGGGCAGACCUGACCAGUCAGUGGUCAUUCCCCACCUCUUCCCCAAGUACAUCCGUGCCCCCAAUGGGCCUGAAGCCAGUCCGGUGAAGCAGCUGCAGCCAGAUGAGGAAGACGACUAUCUUGGUGUGCGCAUCCAGCUGCGGAGGGAGCAGGUGGGCACGGGGGCCUCCGGGGAGCGAGCAGACACAAAGGCCUCUGACUUCCUGGAGUGGUGGGUGAUUGAGCUGCAGGACUGCCGGGCUGACUGCAACCUGCUGCCCAUGGUCAUCUUCAGUGACAAGGUCAGCCCACCUAGCCUCGGCUUCCUGGCUGGCUACGGGAUCGUGGGGCUAUACGUGUCCAUUGUGCUGGUUGUUGGCAAGUUUAUGCGGGGCUUCUUCAGUGAUAUCUCUCACUCCAUCAUGUUCGAGGAGCUGCCAUGUGUGGACCGCAUCCUCAAGCUGUGCCAGGAUAUCUUCUUGGUGCGGGAGACCCGGGAGCUGGAGCUGGAGGAGGAGCUAUAUGCCAAGCUCAUCUUCCUGUACCGCUCACCAGAGACCAUGAUCAAGUGGACACGUGAGAAGGAGUAGGAGCCUGGCUCCUGGGCACCGGGAAUGAAGGAGCUGCCCCAGGGCAGCAUGGCCACCAGGGCUGACAGAGCUCCUUGGACAGGAGUGGAGCUGCCUGAGGCCACGAGCUGUGACACAUCCUCCUGGCCCAUGUAAGCCCUGAUGAUGCUGCUGUCAAAGGGACACCGUGUCCCUAACUGUUGUGUCCCCGCCUGUUGGGCUGGGGGCCCAGUGUAGCUCAGGGCUAGCCACACUGGGUCUGGGAGCCUGGCUCUCCCUUCCCACAAGUACUGUAGAGUUUUCUAAGUAAAAACAUUUUAUUUAUACAAACGGACA